GAAGGGAGGAAUGAACUCUCUGACGAUAAAGACUUAAUUGUCACGUUGUUUCAGAUUUUAUUAAACCAAUUUUUCAUUUAGUCUAAAAAAGUCAGGUGUAAAAUAAGAGCACUAAUGACAAAAAUAAUUUAAGGAAUCUUUUAAUUAAUUAAUUUAUUUUUAAAUGCUGACUCCUAUCUUGUCAGCAUGCGUUGUUGCUGCAAGGGGUGGGUGAUUUUUAGUCCUCAUCAUGGUAUGAAAAAGGUUUUCGGUUAAUUAUAAGUACAUUUUUACAUUUUGUCAUCCAGAUAUCCGUGAAUUAAGACAAAAAUUUCUUAAAGAUUUAUUAAAUAUCUAAUAUAUGAAUUAAAUUCAUGUAAUUCAUCAAUUUAUGGAUGGAAUGGUCAUUUAUUCAUUCAUCUUAAAAAGAUUAAAACAUAAGGCACAGUCUUGUUAACUGCCGCAAAUUUAGUAAGGGGUGAUGGUUGGAUGGGCGCAGGCGUGGUUAAAGAAAUAUUAAAGCAUUUCGCAGUGGUUAGAAAGGUGGACAAGGAUGGCUUAUCUGGUCUGCACAGGGCUUGUUUAAGCGGCCAUUUCGACGUGGUAAGGUUUCUGUUGCGUCGUGGUAUUGGAAUGGCUCGCAAAUUCACAAACUCUGGGUAUACGCCCUUGCACUUGGCUGCGAUCAACGGACACACCCACAUUCUUCAACUAUUUGAGCAGUAUAAUCGUUUCUUGUUUGUGGAUCGUACGCAACAGGGAGACCCAAUUCUUCAUGUCACCAUUCGGUAUAACCACUUCAAUACCUUUCUCCACUGCGCUCAACUCUUCCAUGAUGAUGAAUCAUUCAUCCAUUCUGUUGACCGACAUGGGAAUACUGUUUUACAUGUUGCAGCAGAGUAUGGACGAGUAAAGUUUGUAAAACAUUUGAUCAAUAAAAUGAGAAUGCCGAUAAAUCGUCACAACACGGAAGGGCUGACACCCCUUGACAUGCUCGACAACAUUGCUGCUACUGAUAUUAAGAAGCUCCAAAUUCUUGAAGACAUGUUGAAAAAUGUCGGCGGAAAGAGAAAAAUAGAACUUACGAAUUCGACUAUUCCAACUAGCAACAAAGGGGAAUUGGUUCAGGAAUGGGUUCAUUCUUUGGAUCCAAAUUUGUUCGAGGAGGAUGGUUUGCAGAAGACUGACUUAGAUCAUAAUGAGAAGGAAGAAGAUAAGAUUGACCAUGAAAAUUUGGGGAGCAAUAAUGUUAUCCGUGCUAACGAUGAACAAGAUGAUCAAGAAGAGAACAAAGACGAGUAUGUGGUUUCAAACAACUUGGAGAGGCAAGAGCAUCUUAGUCAAAAGCGGCGGAAAGUGCUCAUCAGCAAAAUGGAUGAGUACCAUUCUCGACGCGAAAAGCAACACGAUAUGUAUAAGGAGGCAUUGCAAAAUGCAAGAAACACAGUUACUUUAGUUGCAGCUUUGAUUGCUACAGUUUGUUUUUCUGCGGGCAUAAGUCCCCCUGGUGGGGUUUACCAAGCUGGCCCAUUGAUUGGGAAAGCAGUAUUCGGCAAAACAAAAGGCUACAAGGUAUUCGUAAUAAGCAACAGCAUUGCAAUGGCAACAUCUCUAUGUAUUAUGAUCGUUUUAGUGAGCAUCAUUCCUUUCAAAAAAAGACUGCUGCUGCGGCUUCUUAAGAUUACCCAUAAACUGUUGUGGGUGUCUCUAGCGUUCAUGGCCACGGCUUUCACGUCGGCUACAUGGCUCAUCUUGCCUCAAGAUUAUAGGACACAUUGGCUUCCGAAUGUGAUACUGGCGGUGGUGGGAGGUAUUAUGGGAGCACUAUUCAUAUAUUUGGGAGUAGAGUUGGUAAAACAUUGGAUGAGGAAGCUCAAGUUCAGAAGGGAGAGAGUCACAAAGCCAAUUGUUCCGGUCAGCAGUAAUUCUGACCAUCAAUCCACAGAUGAUCUAUCGUCUGGUAAAGCUGAGUUAGACAUAGAGCGACGUGAUCUAAGUAGACUCUAUUCAUUUUCUACUAAUUCCGAUGUUGCCAGUUCCAGAGGUCACGGUGGUCACGUAUAUUAAAGACAUGUUUGUGAACGAGUGAUUUUUGUGAGAGUGAUUUAAUUAUAAAUAAUUUUGUAAAACCUUUAAUAGAAAAGUUAUUUAAAUAUUUGAUACCGCUGAGCUAUAUUAAUGUUUUAUUUGAAAAAUGAUUUUAGAAUAAUCAAGUUAUUCAAAAUUAAAACUAAAACGAAUAUAACUCAGCGGUGAUCGACAUAUAUGUCUAAUCAAGGGUUGUGAGUUGGAUCCCUACCCCUAGUAUAUAUAAAAAAAUAGUUAUUCAAAA